CCCGUAUAGCAGACUACCGUAUUGUGGCCGUCCGUCACGGAAUAAUGAAGGAAAUCUUGCUGUGGUCCGCGACUUGUCUUCUGCUUUUGUGUUUGCACGACGUGUGCGCAGUGGAUUGCAGUUGGGAUAGUUGGAGUCCAUGUAGUGUUGAAUGCGGAAAUGGCACCAGAACUCGGCAGAUUAGUCAAGCAGCUACAAUUGAUGGUCAGACGUGUACAGGACCAUUGACUGAGAUCUGCAUAGUCACAUCUUGUAUGGCAACCAAUUUAGCUGCUAGUUUCCUAGCAACAGUGACUAUGAAUUCAGUCUACAUCGCCAAUAAUGCUCCAUCACCUGGCUUAGUUGCUGAAUUAGCAAUAGAUGGCACUUCAAACAAUGCUUUUGCGUUAUGUGCUGCUACAGCUCUAUCUACUAAUCCUUGGCUUCGUGUUGACUUGAAGAAGGAAUACUUUGUUUCAAGUGUUCAAGCUGUUCUUUAUCCUGGUAAACAUAAAAGUGUCUAUGUUUAUGUUGGUAACAAGUUAGCAAACAACGGGAAUGACAACCACAAUUUGGGGAAGAUACAUUAA